AUGAAGAGUCGUGCGUUGAGUAGAAUCGCACAGAGCUCGAAGCUCAAGUCAGUAGCCGAGAAACCUACGCAUGUCAAAUACUUCAAGAUCUACCGCUGGAAUCCUGAGACCAAGGGAAAGCCGUCCGAGAAGACGUAUCCAGUUGAUCUGAACGAGUGCGGGCCAAUGGUGCUAGAUGCGCUUUUCAAGAUCAAGAACGAGCAGGACCCGACACUGGCCUUCCGACGCUCGUGCCGCGAAGCCAUUUGUGGCUCGUGUGCUAUGAACAUCGACGGAGGGAACACACUUGCAUGCGUGAGUCCUAUCAAGAAGAACAAGGACGUGGUCAAGAUCUACCCGUUGCCACACAUGUUUGUUGUGCGUGAUCUUGUGACGGAUAUGAGCAAUUUCUUUGACCAGUACGCGUCGAUCGAGCCAUGGCUACAAUCUACUAAGCCGAAAGGAACCGAGGUGGAACAUCUGCAGUCAAUUGAGGACCGCAAGAAGCUGGAUGGUCUCUACGAAUGUAUCCUCUGUGCAUGCUGCAGUACAGCCUGCCCAAGCUAUUGGUGGAGUCAGGACAAGUACCUCGGCCCAGCAGCUCUAUUACAGGCGUUCCGCUGGAUCGAGGAUUCUCGCGAUAACCACACCAGCGAGCGGCUGCAUGCAAUCGACGAUGCGUUCAAGCUCUACCGCUGCCACACUAUCAUGAGCUGCACGCACACGUGUCCCAAGGGACUGAACCCAGCUCAAGCCAUUCGCAAGAUUAUGGGCAGACUCGGCAGACAGCAGAGCUCAGUGUCCCAAGUUCCCCUGAACCACCGACUCCAACAGAUGAACACGGCCGCCAAAUUCUUCAACCGCGUGGCUGGCAUCAGCGCUACCGUCGGUAUCGGCAGCUUCUGCUUGCAGGAGUGUAUCUACGAUGUCGACGGUGGCCAUCGUGCUGUGAUCUUUGACCGUAAGGACGGUAUCCUGGACAAGUCGGUGGGCGAAGGCACGCACUUUAAGAUCCCGUUCUUCCAGUACCCGACGAUCUUGGACGUGCGCUCGAACUACCGACUCAUUAGCUCGCGCACGGGCACGAAAGACCUGCAGAAUGUCAACAUCUCGCUGCGUUGCUUAUACCGACCGAACGCCGAGAAGCUUUCGCACAUUUACGCCGAGUACGGCGCAGACUAUGCGGACCGGAUUUUGCCGUCUGUGGGCAACGAAGUGCUGAAGUCGAUCGUGGCCCAGUACGAUGCGGUCGAGCUCUUGGCCCGCCGUGACCAAGUGUCGCAGCAGAUUGCCAAGGAGAUGAACGACCGUUGCCGCAACUUUUACUUGCUGCUGGACGACGUGUCCCUGACGCACCUCGAGUACGGUCCCGAGUUCACGCGUGCCGUCGAGUCCAAGCAAGUUGCGCAGCAGGACGCCGAGCGCCAGAAGUUCGUGGUUAUGCGCUCGGAGCAGGAGCGAAAGGCCACGGUCAUCAAGGCUGAGGGUGAGUCAGAAGCCGCUCGUCUGGUCUCUGACGCUGUCGCCAAGAGCGGCACGGGUUUCAUCGAGGUGCAGCGCAUUGACGCCGCGCGCGAGAUUGCCGAGACGCUUGCCAAGUCGCGCAACGUCACGUACCUGCCCAACCAGGACGGCAGCAGCGGCGGUGUUUUGCUCGGUCUGCAGUAG